AUGCUUGUGUCUCACCCGCGUCCUCGUGGUUCUUACCGCCUUCGCCCCCGCCCAAACCUCGCCCCCGCCACGCGCCGUCUCGACCCUCUCACCGCCCUUGGUGGCGACAUCUUCCAUCUCGUUCUCGGCAACCUCCUUAUCAAUGACCUCCUCGCAGCUGAGCAAGUAUGUAAGCGUUGGAAGUCCUACAUCCGCACCGACGAUGCGCUUUGGCGCCAGUGGUGCAUUGCCGAAAACCUCGACCACGAGAUCAUGGUGGCAGACAAGCUGCAGCGUCCCGACUGGCGCGGAAUCUGCCUUACCUACCUCCCUAUGAACAGGGCCUGGUAUCGCGGGGAAGCACAUGUGCGCUGCGUCCCUUUCACCCGCCUCAGUCCGCGCACUCCCCGCCAAAGUUGGAUGCAGCAGGCAUUCGAGUUCAACCCGGCGGCACUCUCCACCACAUGUACCUUUGUGUCGGCCGCGGGUGUGUUUGUGCGCUCCACUCAUCGCGGCUUGCGUGUCGACUCAUGGAACACGGCUGCAUCGACUCCGCUCGCCCAUGCCAGCGUCUCGCCAUAUCAACAGCUCGACUCGGCCAGCCGCUACGUGGUGGGAAUGAGCACGAACAACCAGCUCUGCAUGCAGGCGCCUAAGCCUCUUCCUACUCGUAUAGACAUUUGGCGUAUCAGCGGUGACAGCGGCGUCACUGGCGGGACUCACGACUUCAGCAAACGCAACGCAAGGCACGAACCAAUCCACCUCGAAUUUAUCGGAUCGCCCCACCACCCGCCCGUGUGGGGAUACACCAUGCGUCUCCGGACCGACUCCAAUGGCAAGACCGUUCUCGCAGUGCUCGCAGCUGAGACCCGCAUGAUUGGCGAUGACCCCAGCGGCCAGCACUGGAUCAGCUGUCGGACCCGCCGUACCGUCCACCUGUGGCACCUCGACGACGGCAUGCGCCACCAGGCUAUUGGCCUCCGCGAUGUCGGCUUCGUCAAGCACAUCGAGCUUGAUGACCAGUACAUCUUCAUCCCGUCCAGCUCACACGUCCACAUCUACGCUCGGUCGGGUGGUCACGUCGUGUCAAUGGAGACCCCGAGCCCUCAGGCCGCCUUGGCGUUUGCGGUCCUCCCUCGCGAGUCGCGUGCUUGGAAAGUCAAGUACUGGAACUAUGAACACCACCACGCGCCCAUGUCCCUCGUGCUGGAGCGUGGUGGGUGGCGCGACGACGGGUGUGAGUGGUUCAAGUACGGGAUGGAUGUAGCCCAGGCCAAGCCCGCAGAGAGCCGCCGUGAAGGUUUUGCAAAGUGCCGCCUCACGUCCACCGAUUUAGUUUGUACGGCGUCUUCUGGUGCACUCGUCGUGGUGCGCAACUACCGCUCCGCACUCGCCCAGGCCGCCAAGCUCCACCCCGCCGCCCGUUCCAGUCUCCUCGACACGCACACGCUUGUGGUCGGCAUCGGAUCACACAUUGAGGAAAUCGCGACCCACGGCGAGCGUAUUGCCAUCAAAGUCUUUGACAAGCACCGGGAAGUCAUCAUGACACUGGACGCCAACGAAAUGCCCACCGUCCCUCGCCCAGCACAGACGCCAAGUCGGUCGACACUCGACACGUCCAGCCCUCGUAUCCAAGCGCGCAUCAUUGCCAGCCACCGCGAACACCGGGCCGUACACCAUGCAAUGUAUCUCGACCGCACGGGUGUGUACAUACCCGGCACGCAGUGUGUCAAGGCAUACCUCUUUGGCCAGAGGGGUGUGGGUCUUGGCCCCCGCUGA